UAAGAUUAUAUGUUCCAUCACUUUGUGAUCAUUAUUAUUUGGUAUUUCAAAAAAAAAAUCACCCUAUAUACUACUUUCUCUACCAUCACUCAUUCACAUGUUCCUUUCAUAUCAUAUGUAGGCCACAAAAGCUUUCUAUAUAUGCUUACUACUAAGAGUUCCUGACUUUCAGCUGUCUAUAUAUACCAUAUUCAACUUCUCAUUCUCUUAAUCAUCGAGACAAUAAUGGAAAACAUGAACAAAGGAGCAGCAAAGACGACAACAACAAGUGGUAAGGGUCCGGUCACAGAUGAUCAGUUCGAGGAUUUCUUACCGGUGAUGGCGGAGAAGCUUGAUGUGGAGGCUUUUGUGUCUGAACUGUGUGGGGGGUUUCAGCUUCUGGCGGAUCCUGACAAGGGUUUGAUCACGUCGGAGAGUCUGAGGAGGAAUUCCGCACUUCUUGGGAUGGAAGGGAUGUCGAAAGAGGAAUCGGAGGCGAUGGUGAGAGAAGGAGAUCUUGAUGGAGAUGGAGCGCUCAAUCAGACUGAAUUCUGCGUACUCAUGGUCAGGCUUAGCCCUUCCAUGAUGCAAGAUGCUGAGUCUUGGCUGGAAAAGGCCCUUGAUCAGGAGAUAACCAAAUUUAAUGGUUAACUUUUGUUUUCUGUCAUCGAUCUUUCAUGGUAUUGUAAGGCAACCUCCUUUAUAUUUUCUUAAUUCUUUGCACCAUCAGAUUUUCAGUAUUUA